AUUGGAUGAAUAUUAUAACAUAAAAUGAACAACUCAACUUUUGAUAAAGAAUUAUUAUACUCUUCUUUUAUCAUUUCGUUGUCAUUACAGUCAUAUUUUCAUAUUGUUGAUCAGUUAGUCUCUUAUUGCCAUUGCUUUAAGUUUUUUGUGAACCUUUAACAAUACUGAGUUAGCUACUGAAGUGAAGUGAGACAUGGCUGAACUUGUGAUCGGUGCUUUUCUCUCUGCUUCUUUUGAUUUUUUGCUGGAAAAGAUAGCUUCUCCUUAUGUUGAGGAGUUCUUCUUCAAGGGAAAUCAAAGUAGUGUUUCUGAGAGGCUUUUCAAGUUGAAGUCAACGUUCAACUGUCUCGCUGCUGUUCGUUUCGAGGUGGAGAACAAGAAAAUCAAAAACCCUGCUGUGGAGGAGUGGCUGGACGAUCUUCUCGACGCUGUGGAUGAUGCAGAGGACUUCUUUGGCGAUGUUGAAUAUGAUGCUAUGAGACCUAAGAAAGCUGAGUCAAGCAGCAAAGUGAGAAGAAAGACAAGUAAGUUACUUUCUCGUUUCUCCCAACCCUUUAACUCAGCUGAUAGUAAAAGGAACACCAGUAUGGAAAAGAUUCUAAGGAGAUUGGAGUACUUAGCAAAUCAAAUUGGAAACAUGAACAUAGAAAAGAAUGUUGUUGAGGUGAAACCAUCAGAAAUGUUGUUUGUUAAAACUUCUCUGCCGGAUGAACCUGAAGUUUAUGGUAGAGAGAAUGACAAGGAUGCUUUAAUGAAGUCUUUGAUAUCAGAUGAUGUAGGCAGUGAUCAAAAGAUAUAUGAUGUCAUUCCCAUAGUGGGAAUGGGUGGGAUUGGAAAAACUACCCUUGCUCAAACCCUUUUCAACGAUGAAGAAGUGAUGAAGAUGUUUGAACUUAAGGUCUGGGUGUACGUUUCUGAUAAAUUUGAUGCCAUGGCUGUGACAAAAACCAUUCUUCAACAAGUAGCUCCGGAUGAUGCUCGUAAUGACAUGGAUUUGAAUUCGCUUCAAGUCAAUUUGGCAAAGAAGUUAAUGGGAAAAAAGUUUUUGAUUGUUCUAGACGAUGCUUGGGCGGAUGAUUAUGUUCAGUGGAAGGAAGUGAUGAAGCCUUUCAAUAAUGGGGUAAGAGGCAGCAAAAUAAUAGUGACAACAAGAAACAAAACAGUUGCGGAUAGCAUUGGAACUGUUGAUCCACAUUAUCUUAAAGAAUUAUCAAAAGAUGAGUGUUGGGAACUGUUUGCGAAACACGCCUCUCGUGGAAAUCUUGAUAUGUUUAUUGAGAAUCCAAGAUUGGAAAGUAUCGGCAAAGAAGUUGCUAAGAAAUGUAAUGGCUUGCCUUUAGCUGCUAAAGUUCUAGGAGGGCUCUUGAGAUCGACGUUGGAUGCUGAGAAGUGGGAACAAAUAGCAACGAGUAAUAUUUGGGAGAUGACUGAUAAAAGGAGCAAGGUUCUUCCUGCGGCCUUAGAAGUGAGCUACCACUAUCUUCCUGCACACUUGAAAAAGUGUUUUGCUUAUUGCUCAAUAUUCCCAAAAGGCUAUAGAUUUCAAAGACAGGAGUUGAGAAUAGGAGAAUGGAAGAAGUUGGUGAUGAGCAUUUUGAUGAACUAG